UAACUUUUUGCGUAAUUACGGGUUUAUAGCCUAGCUUGAUUCAAGCGUAGUUAAUUGAUUAAAUGGCUUCCUAUUGGCCAAAUGAAGACGGUACAGAGGAGGGACAGCCUGAGUUUUCACUCACUAAAGCCAUUGAGGAUGUUAGUCAACAUGGUUAUGCCCAGACUGCAGCCCUUCAGGAGAAACAGAGGACUCUCAGCAAAUUACAGUCAACUCUCAAAGGUGUUAUGGAGGAACUUGAGAUGGUGCAGCAGGACCUGAGAGCCAAAGUGAGGGAAACCCUACUGCUGGAGGGUGAACUAGAGCAACUGGAGCAUGACAGAAAAGCCCUGAACGAUCGCUGUGUAUCCACCUGCAAGGAAAACAGCAAGCUCCAGGUGUGUAUAACAGAGGAGGAAGUAAAUGCCAGCAUUGCCCUGGUAAAGUUCAACGCUUACCGAAAAAAAAUGGAUGAUCACAGAGCGGCUGUCCUUAGUGCAAAAAUUCAGACAAAGGCCUACAAAGAGCUGGAGGAGAAGAGAGAGCUGGUCAGGAUGCUGACACUGAAGAAAGAGGAGCUGGAGAAAGAUUUGGAGAAUCCAAAUGGAAACACAGUCCAAAUGGAGAAGAGAGAGAUUGAUGUUUUGAAAGAGAAGAUUUCGGCAAUGAGGAAGGUUACAGAGGAGAAGAGGGAGAAGUUGCAGCAGGGGUUUGAAGUCCAUGCCCAGUUAAAGAAAGAGAUAGAGAUCAAGAACAGGCGCUUUGAAGCCAUUGUCAGGCGACUCCACUGCCAGCUAAGCAGAGCACAGGCAGUUUACAGACAACAAACUGAGGUGAUCUACGGCUUGGAGAGACAGCUUAAUGAGCUCAAGAGGCAGCUGGAGCCAUCGCAGGACUCAGCAGUCGUUGAUCAUUAAGCUUAAGUGUUGGGUUAGGGUAAAUGUGUUUUAUGAGCCGUGUUAUAUAUCAGGACUAAAUGUAGACCUGGAGUUGUUAUGGGCCUGUCAGUUCAAAGAAUAGCU